AUGGCAUCGGGUAAGAGAAUAACAUCUACUUUCAACAACUGGCUUGGUCUCCUUGACGACGACUCUGACUCGAACAAUAAAAAUAAGAGUCCGUAUAGCGACGCAGAUGUUCAUAAUGAUAACUUUAAUAAAUGGAAAUCUUUUGAGAUAAGACAUCAAGUGGGUGCAACGAUCGACAAGGAAGCACAAAAUGUGGUCAGGAUACGAGACAUUAUCAGAUUUGUUGCUGAACAAAAUCUGGCUUUUAGAGAUUAUAGAGAAAUCGUGAAAGUAAAUGACACUGAAAAAAUAGGCAACUUUCUAGGACUCGUACAACUUCUUGGCAAGUUCCCGGAAACACAGCGGAAAAAUGUAGCGACAAGAUCAGACGCUGGUUUAUUGCUUACUGCUCUCCAGUCGUUAUCAUUUUUAGCCUUACUUGGACUAUGGAGUCCAGUUCUCCGCGAAGUAAAUGAUGCACAAUUAUAUCUUCAGGCAAAAGGACUGAAUGUGGACCAAUGUGCUAUGAAAAUUCAUGCUUUAGAAUCGAUUCUAGUCGACAAUCUAGAUGUACUAGUCAAUGAUGGACUUGAUUAUGCUAAAAAUAUAUGUGAAGAUCUUGGCAUUGAAAUAAUUCCUCGACGAACAAGAAAGAUAAAAAAACAUGGCUGUUGA